GUUAUUAAUGUGUGCGCCGGUGUACGUCACAUGACGCUACGUCAUAGGUCAGAGUGACAUACCAAGGACGAAACAUGGCGGCGCCGUCGAAGAAGGCUUUCGAGCUGUUCGUGUCUAAAAUACCCUGGACUGCGGCCGGCAAGGAGCUGAAGGAGUACUUUGGACAGUUUGGCGCUGUGAAGAAGUGUCUCCUCCCGUUUGAUAAAGAAACGGGCUUCCACAGAGGGUUCUGCUGGGUUGGAUACUCAUCAGAAGAAGGACUGAACAACGCACUUCAGAAAGACGUGCACAUGAUCGACGGAGCCAAGCUCCAGGUUCAGAGGAACAGACGCCCAUUUGAAGUGCAAAAGUUGAACAAAGACAGUGAAAUUGACUGAAGUUCUGUGGUACCGCUUUGUGAAUGAGGCAGACCAACAUGUGAUAUUCUUCUUCUCAGGCCCAGAUCCACUAUGACUCUGUUUUUGUUGCCUCGGCUACUUCAUAUUUGAGAUUUCUGCCAUUAUGUUCAGGGUCAUAAGAAAACUGCAGCACACAAGUGUUGGUGUCUAAAUUUAAGUCCCUACGACCGGAGAUGAUUCCUCCUUUUGCACACCAUCAGUGAAUUUGGGCCAGAGCAUUACUGUCAUUGUCUAUAGUAAUACAAUCUGUAGUAUUGUCUAUUUAUUGUCAUAGUGUUUUACUUCCUGUAACCAUCGUGUCACACACCAUCAACAGUAAACAGGCUAAUUCAAGGCUCAUGAAACACUUGCUUAUUCCUGGUGUAUGGCAAUAAUAAAGUGUUUAAUUUCACUGUG